AGGCGGGGGAGGAAGCGGCGACUGCGGCGGUGGAGGAGGAGGAAGAAGAAGAAGAGGAAGAAGAAGAAAAGGAGGUGGAAGCGGAAGAGGAAGAGGAAGAGGAAGAAGGAAAGGCAGACGAACCGUACGAAUUCCUGAUCCGCGCGAGAUAAAAAAGACGGAACACAGGUGCAAAGGGCGCGAUACCUUUGCGGAGAGAGAGGGAUCGGUGAUAAAAUCGGUAAAGCGUAGCGAUGAAGUCAAAUAUCUGAGAUCGCUCGCUUUGCGAGGCAAACCGAUCGUAACCGAUCCGACUAAGAACGACCUUGAGCAAGAUGGUCAGGGGGGCGCUGUUACUACUCUUGCUAGUCCUCUUUGGUGCCUUCGACGUUCCUGGCAUCGACAGAGUUCGUAUCAAAUAUCUAGCGAAGGCUGGUAACACCUGUAACGCUUGUAGGAUGCACGAAGAGAUCAGAGCCCUCAGUCUCGAAGCUAUCAAGGAACAAAUUUUGAACAAGCUCGGUUUGAAACAAGCUCCGAACAUGACGGGCAGAGCUCUGCCAAGAAUUCCGCCGAUUUCGAAGUUGAUGGAUAUGUACGGAAUGCAGGCGGAUCAACCUCAACCUGCCGAGCCCGGUAUCUCUCAUUACGAGGAGAUCGACGAAUAUGCUGCCAAAACAGAGAGCGUCUUCGCCCUGGCGCAACCUCAUCAGAGGCUACGGCACUCGAAAGGCAGCUUCGACGUUCUCUAUUUCAAAUUCUCCGACAAGAUAGUCCAGCAUCGCGUGACGAGGGCGGAAUUAUCCCUGUGGAUAUGGGGAAGCAACCAAGAGUCCUCGGACGAGCCUGGAGAUUUGGAAAGCACGGAAAGUCACGAAGACGGUCCAGUGACGAUCACGUUGCAAAGGAUCCUUCGUGGCACGACGGAGACUGGUGGGCCAUCGUUGGGUCCACCUUUGACCACGAAACACCCUCGGCCGGUCGGUUGCAGAGGCAACUGGGUAACGAUCGAGUUAAGAAGAAUGGUCGCCGAAUGGUUCAAACAUCCACGGGACAAUUUGGGAGUAGCGCUCAAGAUCUCCAGUCCCGGAGCUAAUCAUCGCAGAAACGCGAAGUUGGUCGAGACUAAUCCCGGAGCUGAAUACGCGCCGUACCUCGAAGUACAGACGCAAGAACUCGACUCGAGAAGAGGGGCGAGGAUCAAGAGAAACGUGGGACUUAAUUGCGACGAAGCUAGCCAGGAGACCAGAUGUUGUCGAUACAAGCUCACCGUCGACUUUGAGAAGUUUGGGUGGGAUUGGAUAAUCGCUCCCAAGAAGUACGAUGCCAAUUACUGCUCGGGCGACUGUCCGAUGGCCUUCCUGCCAGCAUAUCCGAACACCCACAUCGUCAGCCUGGCGGAACCGCCUAACAACUCUGGUCCAUGUUGCGCCCCGAGGAAACUCUCCGAGAUCACGAUGCUGUACUUCGAUAACGAGUAUCAAAUCGUGUUCUCGCGAUUACCAGGCAUGGUCGUCGAGAAAUGUGGAUGCUCAUAGCUCGAGAAUUAUAGCUCGAGAAGAGCAACGACGGCGAGGAAUAUGCGAAGGCUCGUUUAAUUCUUUUAGAGUCUACCAUUAAAGAUUAUCGAUAAUUAUUCUGUUUCUUCCCACCAUUUCCAUUUCUCCUCUCUUCUUUUCUUCUUCUCCUUUCCUUUCGUCUUCCUAUUUUUAAGAUUUACUACGUUACUCCUUUUGUCCAUUCCUCUUUCAUUUCCCAUGAAAAUACCUUCGAUUUCCAUCGAUAGUCGGUGACCGUUGUCAUCGUAGUCGUCGUCGUCGUUCCGUCUUCGACGAAUUCUCAUUCGAUAGACUGAAAGUGCCUUGUUCGGGGUGGUUUAAGUACCGCAGAUUCCUCCUUAAGGAACACGAGAAACGAGAUUGCUCGUAUAAACUUAACGAAUGCAAGCAGGACAACGAUCGGAAGAGAUCGACUAAAGUCCGUCUUUUUUAAACUAGUAAUAACGGGCACCUUGAUAGUCGUUUAUGAUUCAUGACAAGGCGUAUAGUUCCUAGAGUCACGGUAUUAUUAUUAAGGUGUCGAUGCGUUUACACCUGAUCUAAGAGAACGACCGCGAAAGAAUUAUUUUUUAUACGGGAGCUUAUCGCAUUUUUAAUCUCUCCUCGGUAACUGAUUUUCAAUGGUCCGUCUUUAUCGAGCUAGGAACUUUUACGAGUCAAUGUAAAACGAAAACAAUCAUCUUAUCGCAAUGUUUCCUUGCGCAUCGUUGCCUUUCUAAAGAAAAAAAAAAAAAAAAAAAAAAAAAAAGAAAGAAAAUGAAGAAAAGCAAAGGUGCGAAGACGAAACGAUCCGUUUCCGGUAGUCGUCGUUGAUCGGUGAAAACGUGUUGGCUGACAGAUCUCUGUGUACAGUGAAUCUUUUUUUUUUCCUAUGUAUCUAUCUUCUUUCUUAUCUAUUCCGUUUCUUUCUCUAUUUCUCUCUUUUUUUUUUUUUUUUUUUUUUUUUGAGAAAUACACACACGCGUACGAGCUGGCGCGCGCACAUAUACACAGAUAUCUUGUUUUCAAAUAUACGUACAUAAACGCAAAAUUUUCUCGCUCUCUUUUCUCCUUACUUUCUUUAUUUUUGUCUGGUUUCUCUGUUCUGGUGAGCCAUGUGAAUGCGUGCAUAGGAAAGUGUGUAGGAGUCGUGGUGUAAAUAUGUCGUACCUAGGUCGUACUUUGUCGCUUUUCUUCGAAUUUCCUUGAAUUUCUCACUCCCACCACCGUGUCCCUCUUCCCUUUUCACCCCGGGAAUCUACGACAAAUCUACGUCGCUUACGUACGUAGGCUUACGAAUGCAUGUUCUUUUUCUAAAGUGAUUAUACGGUCCGUUUUUGGUAUAUGUAUAAGUACGAACUGUAACACCUGACUGAUCAUAUUCGGAAUCAACAAGUACCGUUUUUAUUCGAUCGCGAGCCACUGUCGGAUUUAACUCUUAGAAGCUAUCGUUCUCAAGAAUAUCGCGUUAAUUGUAUGGGUGAAUUUGUAUUAUUGUUAUAUCGAACAUGAGAUGAAAAAUAAAUAAACUUAUCGUUUGCCACUGUAA